GGACUUUGCAGGUGUUUUCUUGAAUGCAGACAAAUAUCUCUCUGUCAGAUCAAAGCUCUUUAGCUCUCACAAGUAUUGGUUUACCCCAAGAGCAGUUGAGGCUAAACAAUCUAAGAAAACCUACCUGAAUCCCAGAGCAAUUGAAUCUAUCUUCUUUUCAUUUCCUCCCCUCCUUCAAGUACAAGAUGACAUCCACAACCCAUGAUGGGUUCAAUCUCAAUGUUGUGGAGAAACUCAUGUCCAAUGGACAUAAUCAUCUUCAUGUUCAGGAUAAGUAUGUCUUUCCUCCGGGUGAACGUCCUGAUAUGUCCCAGGUCUGUACUUCAUAUGCAGUUCCAGUCAUAGACCUCAAAGAUUUGGAUGGGCCUCAUAGAGUAAAGGUAAUCAAUGACAUUAGGAGGGCAUGCGAGGAGGAUGGCUUCUUCCAGAUCAUGAACCAUGGAGUGCCAGAAACUGUGAUGAAAAGCAUGAUGGACAUUGCCAAAGAGUUUUUUGAAAUGCCUGUGGAAGAUAGGGUUUCUCUCUAUUCAGAGGACCCAAAGCAGGCUGUCAGGGUUUCCACAAGCUUCAAUGUCACCAAAGAUAAAUUCUUUGACUGGAGGGAUUAUCUAAGACACCCAUGUCAUCCACAGGAGGAAUUUAUCAAUUCAUGGCCUCAAAAGCCUGCACUUUACAGAGAGGUUGCAGGGAAGUAUGCCAAGGAGAUAAGAGCACUGGUUCUAAGGCUUCUGGCUGCGAUUUCUGAAGCUCUGGGACAAGAUUCUGAUUAUUUGAAUGAAAUCUUUGGAAAGCAUACCCAGGUACUGCACAUAAAUUACUAUCCUGCAUGCCCAAAUCCAGAUCUUACCUUUGGCGUAGCACCUCAUUCAGAUCCACGUGGCAUUACUGUUCUGAUGCAAGGAGAUCUGAGUGGCCUGCAAGUGCUGAAAGAUGGGAAAUGGGUUGCAGUAGAACCAAUACCCAAUGCCUUUGUGGUCAAUUUGGCUGAUCAACUUCAGGUUAUAAGCAAUGGAAGAUUCAAAAGCGCCGAGCACAGGGCUGUAACCAAUACAAGCACUGCACGUAUAUCUAUUCCCACCUUCUAUGGGCCUUCAUUUGAUGCCUUCAUUGCUCCUGCAGCAUCCAUGGUGAUUGAGGAGCAUCCAGCCUUGUACAGAGGAUAUAAAUUUGAAGAAUACAUGGCAGCAUUCUGGAGCCAAGGUUUGAAGGGCAAGAGCAUUUUGGAUCGCUUCAAGAUCCAAGUCAGUCCAUGAUUGAAAAAAGUAGUUUAUAACUGCUGUUGUUGGAACAUACAUAUGCUGGUAUGGAAAGUAUAAACUCUGUUGUAUAGCAAUGCUUUAUCUGGGAAAUAAGGUGGAAGAGAUCAACCUAUCCCUCUACGUUUACAUAUGAGAGGGGGUAAGAACAGCUUCUAUUUGAUAGUUUUAAAAUAAUUUUUCCAAGUUAAUUA